CGAAAUUUGUUCAGUUUACAACCCCGACAAUGGAAGAACCACAGCAGCAGCAGCAGGAACCGGAACAACCAAAACCGGCCACCUCCCCAGCAGACCAGAUGGCAGCCCGUCGCGAGGCCCGGCGGAAACGAAUCCUGGAAAACUCGAACAAUCGCCUGACCAAAAUAACGGGACGGGAGCACAACGAGCUGGUCGCAGAGGAACCGAAGGUGCAACCGCCAGACGAAAUCUAUCCGGAUCCGGAGGAUGAAAGAGAUGUCUACCAGCAGCCGGAGCUUAGCCCGUUUGUUCCUCCGCUGGGUUUUCCUCCGGCAGGCAUCCCCAACGGGGACAUUUUCUCCCUGUUGAACUCCUUCAGUCAGGCACAACCGAAUGGAUUCCCGGGUGGAAUGCCCUUUGGAAAUAUGGCAGAUUUACCUACUGCAGGGACCACAGGUGCCAGCAGACCUCCUCCCGUGCCGGAAUCCCGACUGGUCAAGUUCCUCCGGACGAAGAUUCACAUUGCCUUGCUAGCGAUCUUGGUGUACUUGCUGUUUGCCACCGGCCAGCAGCGCUGGAUCGGAGGGAGCGUCUUCGUCCUGCUGCUUGGCUGGGAAACGGUCGAGAUGCUGCUGCUGAAAACGUACGAACCGCAGGCGUCCAUCCUGGACGUGGUGUUCCUGCUCGGGGGCAUCCCGAAGCGGUACUCCCAGUUCCUGCUGAAAUUGACCCAGACCAUCAACAAGGUUCUGAAGGACGUGGCCUUUUUCGUGUUUUUCUUCGUCGCGACCCAUCUGCUGUGGAGCCGGCUCGUGCUCGGAAUCGAGUUCAGCUACGUGCUCGGGUACGACCAGCUGGACCAACCCAUCGCGUCCUAAAGCCAAGCAAUCAACCAAGAAAACGUCGACGGUACAAGGGUAAGUCCGGAUUUUUCAUCACUCUAGGUGUGUCAUCAAUUGUAAAUUUGGGAGGAAUUUACACUUUAUUUUUAAAUGUUGGGUGUUUAUUUAUCAACUAAAUAACGCGCCAGAUAAAUUUCAUUCGAGGAGAAGCAAACAAAACAAACAAAAAACAUCGUCGUGAAACGUGUCACGAGAACUCGUCGAAGAAUUCGUCCCAGUGCGGCAGGAAGAGCCCGGCCAGGAACAGGCGGAACGUUGCUGCGAAGACGAAAAAUUAUAAAAUCAACCAUUGUAUAGGAUAAAUUUACAAGCGGCAGGCAAGAGAACGGAAGGACUAUUGUGGAGAACAAAUUUACUACCAAAACACACUUUAAUCGAGCACAUCGCGCAACGGUUGAAGUUUAUGAGUAGCUUGUGAAGUGCGCGCUGUUUAUUUCUUUCUUUCUUUUCAUCUUUUUAAAUAUUACGAAAAAGACGGUUUAGUGUAAAUCGCGGGAAUUA